CCUUCCCCCUUUCUUCCCCUCGCCGCCGCCUCCUCCUCCCAAACCCCACAAGCGAAUCCUAGGGUUUCUCGCCUCGCCGCCGCAUCGCCGCCGGGAAGUCUCCGCCGCCGCCGCGAUGUUGGAGCUGAGGCUUGUGCAGGGGAGCCUGCUGAAGAAGGUGCUGGAGGCGAUCCGGGAGCUGGUGACGGACGCCAACUUCGACUGCUCGGGGACGGGGUUCUCGCUGCAGGCCAUGGAUUCCAGCCACGUCGCCCUCGUCGCGCUGCUCCUCCGCUCCGAGGGGUUCGAGCACUACCGCUGCGACCGCAACCUCUCCAUGGGGAUGAACCUCAACAACAUGGCCAAGAUGCUCCGCUGCGCGGGCAACGACGACAUCAUCACCAUCAAGGCCGACGAUGGCUCCGACACCGUCACCUUCAUGUUCGAGUCGCCCAACCAAGAUAAGAUUGCGGAUUUCGAGAUGAAGCUGAUGGACAUCGACAGCGAGCACCUCGGCAUCCCUGACUCCGAGUACCAGGCCAUCGUCCGCAUGCCGUCCUCUGAGUUUUCCAGGAUCUGCAAGGAUCUGAGCAGCAUCGGAGACACUGUUAUCAUCUCGGUGACCAAGGAGGGUGUUAAGUUCUCGACCGCUGGAGAUAUUGGAACUGCCAACAUUGUCUGCAGGCAGAACAAGACUGUUGACAAGCCAGAAGAUGCUACAAUCAUAGAGAUGCAGGAACCGGUGUCACUAACCUUUGCCCUGAGGUACAUGAACUCCUUCACCAAGGCAAGCCCGCUCUCUGAACAAGUUACAAUCAGCCUUUCAUCUGAGCUGCCAGUGGUGGUUGAGUAUAAGAUUGCAGAGAUGGGCUACAUUAGAUUUUAUCUGGCGCCAAAGAUUGAAGAAGAUGAGGAAAUGAAGUCGUGAUUGUCGCAUAAGGAUAUGACAAAAUACCCCCUAGUCUUCAGACCAUCAUCCUUUGCUUAACAAUUGUUUGUAAGCAAAAUGAUGUUAUGCUUAUCAUCGCUUACGACGGAAUGCUUUUUACCUUUGUAUCUGUGACUUCUGUAAAUCCUUGGAUUUACAGUGAUGAAUGUUAGGUUUAGUAGAUUUGUGAGUUUAUGACUGCAUUGCUGUAGCAUGAUUGUGCUGCUGUUUGUUUGUUCAAUUCGGUUGUUACAUAUUUGUUGGGAGAGGAGCUUCCUUUGGGUUGACACUAA